AUGGUAGCCUUUGUAAAAUGGUUCAUUUCUUCUCUCAAUGCCUCUUAUUCUCGACGUGUUCCUAAAGGCGAAUGGGAAAAGAAACCUUAUAACCCUGUGUUGGGUGAACAAUACAUGAUGAAAUGGGGUGACGUUGCUGGAUGCGGCGAAACGGAUGUCCUUGUAGAGCAAGUUUCCCAUCAUCCUCCUAUCACUGGUUUCUACAUCACGAACAAACAGAACGGUAUUUCCUUAAAUGGUCAUACAGGCCAAAAGACUCGCUUUUCCGGUACUUCGCUUCUCGUUGAUCAAGUAGGACAAAGUGUAGUUACUUUGCAUAAUCGUAACAAUGAGCGCUAUAUGUUCAGCUGUCCUUCAGUCACUGUGAAUGGUAUUUGGUAUGCUGCUCCUUAUGUCGAACUUGCUGGCACUUCUUAUAUACAAUCUACAUCAGGCUUAUACUGUACUAUCGAGUACAGUGCUCGUGGUUGGGUUACUGGAGCCAAGAAUCGGUUCAAGUGUUAUGUUCGUCGCAAUGGAGAAAAUCCCAAGAACUACAUUUGUAAGAUGGAAGGUCAAUGGAGCGGUAAAUCAACCAUCACACAACAUGGUGCCAAACAUAGUGAACCCUUCUUGGAUGUAGCACAGUUGACACCGGCCCCUAUGAUUGUAAAGGAUAUUUCAGAGCAAGGUGAAAUGGAAAGUCGCAAGAUUUGGCAAAAGGUAUCAGAAGCCAUUAGAGCCAACGACUCCACAUUGGCUGGUGUUGAAAAGAGUAAACUUGAAAACCAAAAGAGAGAAGAAAAGGCUGCUCGUGAAGCUGCCGGACAGACAUGGGAACCUAAUUAUUUCAGUUGGAAUGCGGAAGAACCUACUGUGGUAGAAUUGCAACACAAGCUAACAGAAGAAGUCAAGAACAAGUAUUCGCCUGCUACAAGCGGCAAUUGGGUGUUUAAAGGUGCUUUGUAA